GCAGUUGCAGUGGUGCACAAUGGCAGACCUCAGUCUUGCAGAUGCAUUAACAGAGCCACCUCCAGAAAUUGAGGAAGAGAUAAAACGGGACUUUAUUGCCACACUGGAGGCAGAGGCCUUUGAUGAUGUUGUGGGAGAAACUGUUGGAAAAACAGACUAUAUUCCUCUCCUGGAUGUUGAUGAGAAAACCGGGAAUUCGGAGUCAAAGAAGAAACCAUGCUCAGCCACUAGCCAGGCUGAAGGUACUUCAUCUUCUCAAGCAACAGUGCUUGCCAACGGUGACCAUGGAAUAGAAGGGAAUGAUGCCACUGUGUCUCCAACUGAAUUCCUUGAAGAGAAAAUGGCCUACCAGGGAUAUCAGAACAGCCAGAACUGGCCAGAAAAUACAAACUUUUGCUUUGAACCUGAGCAAGUGGUAAAUCCUAUCCAGACUGAUCCCUUUAAGAUGCACCACGAUGACAGUCUGGAAGAUUUGCUCUUUCUCCCCAGUGGAACAACCAGUGCUUCAGCAUCUGCAGAACAAAAUGAUCCCCUGAAAGACAGUUAUGGUGUGUUUCCCUGUGACACAUUUGCUCCUGCAGCUGUUGUUCCUCAAGGGUGGUCUGUGGAAGCUCCAAACCCUUCACAUUCAGGAUCCUUCAUUUCCCCUGAGGCCAUUAUACAGCCUCUGCAGCCUACAGCAGAGCCUGCUGAGGAGGUAGAAAUGGCAUCAGCAGAAGAGAGAGCACCAACAAAAGCAUUGGAAAUGAUCAUGGGACUGAAGGCUGCCAACAUGGCACCAUCUCGAGAAUCAGAGAUGGUCCUGGCCAAGGAUGUGGCGCCAGCCACAGAAACAGAGGUGGCAUUGGCUAAAGACACAGAACCACCUACCGAACCAGAUGUGGCACUGGCCAAGGGCAUGGAAUCAUCCAUCGAACCAGAUAUGGCCUUAGUCAAGGACGUGGUACUACCCCUAGAAACAGAGGCAACCCCAGUCAAGGACGAUGUAUUGCCCACAGAAACAGAUGUGUCUUUGGCCAAGGACAUGGUACUACCCACAGAAACAGAGGUAACCCCAGCCAAGGACAUACUACUAUUCAAAGAAACAGAGAGGACACCACCUGUAAAAAUGGAUUUGGCCCCAGCUGAGGGCAUGGUACCACCUACAGACCGAGAGGUGGCCCCACCCAAGGGUGUAGCAUCACUUUCAGAAAUAGAGGCGCCGCUGGAUGAAGACGUUGUAUCAUCCACAGAAACAUCCUCAGCCAAGGAGGUAGCCCUGUCCUCAGAAACAGAGGUGGCCUUGACUGGGGAUAUGGUACUACCCCCAGAAACAGAGGUGGCCCUAGUCAAGGACAUGGCUACACCUCCAGAAACAGAAGUCACCCCAGUCAAGGACAUGGCUCCACCCCCAGAAGUAGAGAUGGCCCUGAGCAAGGACAUGGCUCCACCUCAAGAAACAGAGGUAGCCCUGGGCAAGGACAUGGUUUCAUCUCCAGAAACAGAGAUGGCCCUGGGCAAGAAUGUGGCUCUACCCCUAGAAACGGAGGUGACCCUGGCCAACAGUGUGGCUCCAGCCACGGAUGUUGCAACAUCCUCAGAAGCAGAGGUGGCACCAGUUCCUGUUGAGGACAUGGAAACUGCAAGGACACAGGAAGAAACAAGUGAGGAUUCCCAGUUAGAAUCUCUCCAGGAUGAAGGACAGUCAGCUGUACCUCCUCUCAUGAUUUCAGCAGAAGCAGUCACAGCCAUGGGCCAAAAGCACAACUUGCCAACAGAUGAGGAUUCUGUGUCAGAGGAACUAGAGCAAAAGAAACCGUUCACUAGUCAACCUUCUGAACUUCCUUCAGAGACCUCAGGUACCCUUCCCACACAAGCCAAAAAAGCGUGCAGACCCAGUGAUCGCAGGUCCGCCCGGCCUGCCCGGCCCAGGCUUGCCAGGGUCCCUCCUGAGCUGCUGGGAGGCUCUUCUCCACGGAAGACUCUUGAUCCUGGGCUGGGCCCCUGCCCUUUGUCUGAGUUGGGUUGGGUUUCUGGUCCGUCUUCCUGUGGUGAGCCUGGGAACCAGAGGAAAACUAUUCAUGGUGACUUCCUUGAACCCCAGAGGGAUCUUGGCAGGGAGUCCUGGGAAAUAGAAAGAACACCAAUGAUGAUGAAGAAAAAAAAGAAGAAACCAAAGCAAAAGAGAUACUCUCAGCCCCGGGCUGGGGGACCUUGGGAUGAUGACAAUGCAGAUGAGCCUAAAGUUUAUCCCUUUGCCACUGACCCACAAAAGUCAGGUGUUCCCCCCAGCCAGCCUACCACUGUGGGCACAGAACAUGGACUGGUAUCCAGAGAAAACUUGAAAAAGGGAUGUGAAAUUGACUCCAGGGCAGCCAAGCUGGUAGCUGAGAACUUUGUCUCAGAGGGUCUCAGCAUUCCUUUGUGUCCUUUGGAAAAACCCCUGAAAACUGCAGUAAAUUCUCAGCCCAAACUGAGAGUAGAGGCAGAGGUGAAAGGUAACAAGUCAGCACCGCAGAGCCAAGGCAAGAAAUUGCUGCAGCAAGAUGAGUGCAAACCACAGCCUGCACCCCACCUCAAGACUCCUGUGGCUAAAAGCCAGACAGUAGACUCCCUCAAUCUGAAAGGACCCCUGACAGAAGUUUUUUCACACAAAGUAGAAAUUCCUUUGGAGAUCAGACCCAAAGAGGGUUGCUCUCCUGUCUUGGACCAAGAGGCUGUGGGUGGAGUUUCAAAACCCAAAGCAGCAAAAGAACUGCCUAAUUCCAUACCCACUUUGACAGCAGGUAAUCCAUUAGUAAGUAGUCUAAAAGAAGGGAAUGAUGAAAGUAAAAUGACUAAACUGCAGAAUGACAAACAGAAAGAGUUUUCUGAGGGAGCUGAAGAGGUUAAAGAACUAAAAAAGGAAAGUAUUCCCAAGGAAAGACAGGAGAGCAGCAUCUUUGCUUCUGAGCAGCCGCAGGACACGGUGUUAGCCCAGGUUCCUGGACUAGGGAAUGAACCAUUUAAGAGAAUGGCAGGUGAUGGCAAAAGCAGGAAGGGAAAGGGAAGUUCUGGGAAGAUGAGAGCAAGUUCUGGGAAGGUGAGAGCAAGAGCUGAGCUGCUGUUGCUUGUGGACAGCCAGAAGGACAGCAGAGCUGUUCUUGUGCCAAGUGAGCCAGCGCCUAAAACGGAAAGAAUGGAUAAAAGCGAGGAGCUGGGGCUGGGUUCUUCAGAGCAGCCAGGGACCGUGGCUGAGCUCACUGAGGCAGUGGUGAUGUGGGACCCUAAGGAGAUGACUGACCUGAGGAUGGCAGGCACCUUACAGGCAUUGAUUCCUUUGGGAAAUGGGUCAGGCAUGAUUCAGACUUCUGGUGCUAGAACAGAAAGAGGAGCUGUAGCCAUAGACAUGCGUGUAGGCAACCAGAGCGAGGAGGAAAAAUGUCCUUGGAUGGAUCAUGAGGCAGCUCCCUGGGUUUCUGAAAAGCCUACAAAAAGAGGCAGUGAAGACAAAAACAAAAAGUUUAAAAAUAGUUAUUCCACACACCCUGCUAGAAUGGAGAGGAAGGAAGAAAUCCUCAACCCACCUUUUGUAGGGAAGGGUGGGGAUAUUGGUAGUACUGCCCAUCAAAACAGAGAAUUAGAACUUAAUUUCCCCGUAAAUCAUGACCCUUUGUUCUCACAUAUAUCAGGUACACCCACAGUGGAAGGAGUUGACCAAAAGGGUAGAAAUGUUGAAGUUAAUUCUUCUAAGCUUGGGGCUCUUGGCAGGAACAAAACAAACACAGGCAAGGAUUUUGCUGUUACUGAACCAGCUACCAAGGUGACAGAUGUGAGCUGCCAAGACCAAAUCCAGGGGGCAGGAUUUGUUCCUUCAGUACCAUCUGAGGAGAAUAAGACAGAUGUGGCCAAGGGACAUACUGCAGUUGCUGACAAAUCAAAUAAAAGGAGUAAUGAUGGAAAAAGCAAAAAGGUUAAAAAUAAUUUCCCUGAGAAGCAUAUUCUGGAGAAUAAGAUAGAUGCAACAAAAAUACAUGUUCCCAUGGAAACCAUAGGGGACCACAGAAUUGAAGGAAUGGGCUAUGUGGAUGAAAAUAGAAAUAUUACAUUUACCUGCCCUAGAACACCACCAGGGUUGAUGAAUAAGACAGUCCCCCUAGAGGCUCAGGAAUCAACAGCCUGUGAAAAACUGCCACCUUCUACUUCUCAAGUAGUAAAGGAAAGUGAUUCAUUUCCAGACACCUUGGCAGAAAGCGGGCAAGAGACAGCUCCAGCCCAGAUUUCCAAAUUAUUAGAGGUAGAUAAUUGCCGCAAAGAUGGAGUCCCAGAUGAAGAAAGACCCAAGGCUCCCUGUGCUGUUAUGCCCUCUUUCAGCACGGGAGGAGUUGCCCUGACUCUGUCAGCAGCCAUAGAAACAGUUAACAACCAUGGAGGUAACUGUCUUCAGAAUAAAGGUGAGCUUGCUGGUCCCAUGAAAAGUGAAGCAGGGAUAGACAAAGGGCAUGUGAUAGGAGAACCUGAGUCAGUGCUCAGUGAUGCAUCAAUGCACUCAGUAGAGAAAACCACAGAGCCAGCAGGGGGGCACCUUCUUUCUGGCAUGCUCAUAGAAGACCAAAGCCUGGCAGGUGGGGUCAGAGUCCUAGAAGCAUGUGCAGAUAGCAGGAAUUUUCCAACAUGUCCAGUAAACAAACAGAAAGAGUCUGAGGAAGGUUCUGCUCCAGUUCCAAUUCUUGACCUAAUGGGAGACAAAGCACAAAAGCCCAGUUUCUGUGAGGACCAACGUGCUGAAAAUAGAGAUUCCCAGGGCCCAGAUAGUUUGAAUAAGGAGGUAGAUACGACUCUUUUGCCUCCAGAAAGUGAAAAGGAUAAAUUGGAAGAAAUCAGUCUGGAUUCUGAAAUCAGAGAAAUGGCAUGUGUUUCCUUGGCACCACCAGAACUCCAGUCAGGUGUCUUAGAUGGCAAAGUUGAAGUGACUCCUUCAAGGGUGGUAGAUGAGUUAGUAGUGGCUGCUUCCAAGGCUCUUCAACUCCCAGAACCCAGAGACAAGAUCUUGGAGGCACCUGAGAAAAUGACAGAAAAAUCUGAACCAAAGGCACUGGGACAAGGGAAGAAGGAAGAUAAAAGCAGAGCGGCAGAACCCAUGAAAGGCUACAUGAGACCCACCAAGUCCCGAGGACUCACUCCACUUUUACCAAAAUCUACAGUCCAGGAACGAGAGCGAUCCAGGCAACUCAAGUCCAGUGGAAUAGCCAAACUAGAAGAAGGACGGCUUACUGGGAGUGUGACCGGAAAUGACAUCACCGCCCCUCCAAACAAGGAGCUCCCACCAAGCCCAGAGAAGAAAACAAAGCCUUUGGCCACCACUCAACCUGCAAAGACUUCAACAUCGAAAGCCAAAACACAGCCCACUUCUCUCCCUAAGCAGCCAGCUCCCACCACCUUUGGUGGGUCGAAUAAAAAACCCAUGAGCCUUGCUUCAGGCUCAGCACCGGCUGCCCCACCCAAACGCCCAGCUGCUGCCACUGCCAGGCCUUCCACCUUCCCUUCAAAAGACGAGAAGCCUAAGCAGCCUGUUGCAGAGGCAAAGAUUCCUGAGAAGCGGGCCUCACCAUCCAAGCCAGCCUUGCCAUCCAAGCUGGCUUCUGCCCUGGCCGGUAGGCCUGGCUCCAAGAGCACCCAGACUGUUCCAAAAGCCACAGCAGCUGCCACUCUUGCCUCAGCUGGGCCAAGCAGUAGGAGCCCCUCUACACCCCUGCCCAAGAGGCCCCCUGCGGUCAAGACUGAGGGGAAACCUGCAGACAUCAAGAAGAUGGCUACGAAGUCUGCACCAGCUGACGUGAGUCGCCCAAAGAGCACCUCCACCAGUUCCGUGAAGAAAAGUGCUGCCGUCCCUGGGGCAGCACCCCCAGCAGGGGUGACUCCCAGCCGCGUCAAGCCCACUGCCACGCCUCCCCGGCCCUCUGGGACUCCUUCCGUGGACAAGAAGCCCACGUCAGCCAAGCCCAGCUCCUCUGCCCCAAGGCUGGGCCGUGUGGCUACCAAUGCUUCUGCCCCUGAUCUGAAGAAUGUCCGUUCCAAGGUUGGCUCCACGGAAAACAUCAAGCAUCAGCCUGGAGGAGGCCGGGCCAAAGUAGAGAAAAAAACAGAGGCAGCUGCUCCAGCUCGAAAGCCUGAACCUAACGCAGUCACUAAAGCAGCCGGCCCAAUUGGCAGUGCACAGAAACCGCCUGCUGGGAAAGUCCAGAUAGUCUCCAAAAAAGUGAGCUACAGCCAUAUUCAGUCCAAGUGUGGUUCCAAGGACAAUAUUAAGCAUGUCCCUGGAGGUGGUAAUGUUCAGAUUCAGAACAAGAAGGUGGACAUCUCUAAGGUCUCCUCCAAGUGUGGGUCCAAGGCUAACAUUAAGCACAAGCCUGGUGGAGGAGAUGUCAAGAUCGAAAGUCAGAAGCUGAACUUCAAGGAGAAGGCCCAGGCGAAGGUGGGAUCCCUUGAUAAUGUGGGCCACCUGCCUGCAGGAGGCGCCGUGAAGACUGAGGGCGGUGGCAGCGAGGCCCCUCCGUGUCCGGGCCCCCCAGCUGGGGAGGAGCCGGCCGUCCCUGAGGCAGCGCCCGAAGCUGGCGCCCCCACUUCAGCCAGUGGCCUCAGUGGCCACACCACCCUGGCAGGGGGUGGUGACCAAAGGGAGGCCCAGACCUUGGACAGCCAGAUCCAGGAGACAAAUUGAGACCUACAGGCUGACGUUCCGGGCAAACGCCAGGGCCCGCACCGACCACGGGGCCGACAUUGUCUCCCGCCCCCCUCCACUUCCCUGGCGGCCCCAGCUCAGGCACCUGGGCCCCUAGCUCCCUCUCCCGGGCUGCCAUCUAGGCCUCUCCCUCCCUCCCCUCCCGCCUGCCUCACUUGCCCAGGGUGGCAGCAGCCCCGCCCCCGUGCUCCCUCCACUCCCGGCCCCAGACCCAGCUCCCUGCUUGGCUCCUCACCAUUGCGCCGCUGCUCCGAGGAGGUUGGGUGGAAAGUGGGGUGGAGGAGGCUAGUUCAGUACCUCCUGGGAUCUGGGUGGGGGGAGCCGGAGUCCAACCUCCUCUUUGUUUGGGUUUUUUGGACCAAACCCAAGAAAAACUGACAUACCCUUCCUCCUCCCUGGUCCAGUUGGAGGGAAGAGUGGAAGUGGAUAUCCACAUGACAGCUGGGUGCUGACUGCGUACCCUGGAGCCUGCUAAGCCACUGCCUCUUCCAUUGACCCCACAGUGGUGCCCACCUCGCAGGUGGCGCCAGGCACUUCUUGCUGCCCUCCCCCAAGUUAGUCAGGGGCAAUGCUGCCUGUCCCCGCUGCUUCCCAUACCUACCUAGCUGCUGUCACACUUUAUCUUUUUUUUUUUAAAUAACCUGAAAACCGGUGGAGUAGUUUUGCAGGUUGAAGCCAUGUCUGAAUGAAAGUCGUUGGUAGGUGUUAAAGGAAACAGGGAGGGGAGAUCUUGAAGCCUCCAGCCGGGAGGUGAGGCAUUGGAGGCUGCCCUGGCUUGGGCAGCCCCGGAGGUGGUGUGGACAGGGCAGGUGCAGUGGGGGACUGUGGGCUAGAGGGCAGGCAGGGACAGCUAGGGGCUGGUCAGAGUGUGGACUGGUGGUUCUGGCAUUUUGUGUGUAUGCUGCUUUUCUUUUCUAACCAAGAGGCUGGUUUUGGCAUCUAUGUCUGUUUCAUUCCCUGGGAUCCGGUGGGAGACAAGGUUGGGCUGGAAAGGGACAUGGAGGUCAAAUUCCUCCAAGCCUACAACCUAGGACACUCGAGCCCUCAGUUGCCAGGGAGCCCGAUGUGUUCAGAACUCAUGUGGAUAGUGGGGAAUCAAGUCUGGAAAUUUAAAAAUAAGUACAUGAGAUGGGCCAUCCAGACUCCCUUACGGCCUGACUGGAGAGGGGAAGAGAGGAGAGGCGAGGCCAACCUAAGGGGUGUGUCCUGGUUAGGCCUGGUCUUGGGAUGGCUGCAAUGAUAAGUCCCGGGAAUUGUAUUGACACGAAGAUUCUUAUUGCACUUGUAUUUUUUGUAUUAAAGUUUGCAUGGUUUCUAAUAAAGGAUUAAAACGUAA